AUGGCCUGCGCGGCCUUUUUCAGUGGCGCCGCCCUGCGCAUCUGCGACUCGCUGCUGCCGCGGCUGGCGCUUGACUUCAACCGCACCCCUGGCGCUGCCGGCCAGGUCAUCAUCAGUUUUUCAAUCGCCUACGGUCUCAUGCAGCUGGUGUUCGGCCCGCUCGGUGAUCGUUACGGCAAGGCGCGCCUGAUCUGGAUAUCGCUGGCGGGCUGUGCUCUCGCCGCACUCGCAUCGUCACUGAUCGGCAGCGGCUACACCACCCAUUCGUCACAAACAGUCGCAUUGGUGGAGUCUGUUUUGGGCACGCGACCCCUCGAUAUCCUGGUCAACACUCAUUUGCACAGCGAUCAUUGCGGUGGCAAUGCAGCGCUUCAGGCUCGCUACGAAAGUCUGCAGACAUUAAUACCGCCCGGCCUGGCCGCUCAUGUGGCUGUUUGGGAUCCGGUUGCCUUGACCUAUCAGCCGACCGGCCAGCUGUGUCCACAAUUUUCAUUCUCCAGAAAGCUGGAGCCAGGUAUUGAAAUGAGUUUCGGCUCAUCGAAAUGGCAAAUCCACUCUGCCCCUGGACAUGACCCGAACUCUUUAAUCUUUUUUGAGGCGUCCAAAAGACUAUUGAUAUCAGCAGAUGCGCUUUGGGAGAACGGCUUCGGUGUUGUGUUUCCGGAGCUUGAGGGUGAAAAGGCUUUCGAUGAAGUGGGGUCGACGCUGAAUCUAAUAGAGCGGCUCAGCCCUUUGAUCGUCAUACCUGGCCAUGGAGCUGUCUUCAACUACUGCCCAGGCGUACUGGAAACUGCGAGACGCCGACUGGAUUCCUUUGUUGCCAACCCGCUGAAGCAUGCGCACCACGCAUCAAAGGUGUUGCUCAAAUUCAAACUGCUUGAAACCCAACAGCAAACCUUCGACGAAUUUGUGAUGUGGGCCACGGACACAGCGUACCUCACACAGAUUAGAGCGCGUUUUUUUACAUCAACGCCAAUAGAUGUCUGGAUCGAGCAGCUGUGUGAUGAGCUUUGCAAAUCAGGUGUCGCGGUGCGUGACGAUAUAUACAUCUACAACACCUGA